AUGCCUAAAGAACUAAUAUUUUGCAGAUGUCAAGCACCCGCAAAAUUGCAAUGUCCAAACUGUGUCAAGUUGGGCCUUCCGAAGGACGCGAGCGUCUUCUGCUCGCAGGAAUGCUUCAAGCUGGCCUGGCCGGAGCACAAGAAGGUGCACUCCCCGCCGGCGGACGCCUGGCUGUACUGCACCAAGCGCGGCAAGGCGCGCAGUGAGGUGAUGCCCGACUUCGACUGGACGGGACCUCUGCGGCCGCACCGCAUCAGCCCGCGGAGGGAGGUGCCGGACAGCAUUCCCAAGCCCGACUACUUCAAGGACGGGUUCCCCUACCGCGAGCAGGAGAGCAGGCAGCAGCAAAUAGUGCCUAUUCGCGGACCCGAUGAUAUUGGCGGGAUCCGAGCCGCAUGCCGCAUCGGUCGGGAGGUGCUGGACCUCGCUGCGGCAGCCGCCAAGCCGGCGCCGUACUGCAGCCUUGUCACUGCUGCAGGCGUGACCACGGACGAGCUGGACCGCAUCGUGCACGAGGCCAUGAUUGAGCGAGGCGCCUACCCCUCCCCGCUCAACUACUUCAACUUCCCCAAAUCGGUCUGCACGUCCAUCAACGAGGUCAUCUGCCACGGGAUACCCGACGCCCGCGAGCUGCAGAGCGGCGACAUCCUCAAUAUUGAUGUCACGGCCUACUACCAGGGCUUCCACGGGGACCUCAACGAGACGAUCUGUGUGGGUGAGGUGGACGCGGACGGCAAGAAGCUGAUCCAGGUGACCCACGACGCGCUGAUGAAGGCCAUUGCCGCCUGCCGACCCGGAGUGAGAUACCGGGACGUGGGGGACAUCAUCACCAAACACGCAGCAGCGCACGGGUUCCAGGUGGUCAAGUCGUACUGCGGUCACGGCAUCGGGGACCUGUUCCACUGCGCCCCCAACGUGCCCCACUACGCGCACAACAAGGCGGUGGGCAUCAUGAAGGAGGGACACGUGUUCACCAUCGAGCCCAUGAUCAACGCCGGCUCCUGGCGGGACAGGACCUGGCCGGACGGCUGGACGGCGGUCACGGAGGACGGCAAGCGCUCGGCGCAGUUUGAGCACACGCUGGUGAUCACCCGGGACGGCUGCGAGGUGCUGACGAGGCGGCUGGACAGCUCCCCGCCGCUGUGGUGGGAGGUGCAGGUGGCAGGGGAAAGAGCAGCAGCUAGAGUAGUCCGACCUAGGAGGUGGUGUUUCUCAGGUGGCGCAGUUUGUUGGGAUGACUUUUGGCUGUGGCAGUGUUGGGUGUUGAGGUUGGUGCUGAUCGGUGAUAUCGGCUCUUAA